AUGAACCCGGCUUCUCAGGAAAUUGACCAUGAUUUUGAGUUUGAGGAGAUGCUGCGAUUUCCUUGGGAUACUACCAAGCCUCGCGAAUUCAGCUUGGAAGGGCCGCCUUCCAAGUGGCCUUAUCUGAUUAACCGCUCAGCUCGGAAUGCCGAAUGUUGGAGACGACACGACGAGGACGAAUUUGCAAAGAAUUUCCUCCUCUAUUCUAAAUCACCUGAUUUUGACGCCAAAACUCUUUACUUUCAACUGCUUCGCGAAUGGCUUCUGAAUUGCGACGACAACCACGAAGAGUGCCGAGUACGGCAAGCGGAACACGAGUUCUGGCCGACAAGAGCCAUCUUUGUUGGAGACGAGCAUACUUUGAGUCUUGUCCAAGAGCCAGGUGGCAACCGGGACUAUCUCGUGUUAUCGCACUGCUGGGGCAGCCCAACGGGUGAAGAAUGGAGCCGCUUCUGCACAACACCGCAGAAUUAUCAUCGUCGAUUGGAGGGGUUUAACUUGGAUGGCCUGCCAAAGACCUUCCGGGACGCAGUUAAAGUGAUACGGCAGCUCGGGAAGCAGUACCUCUGGACUGAUGCUCUCUGCAUCAUCCAAGGUUCCCAAGGUGAAUGGGAAAGCGAGGCUGGCAAUAUGGAGCACGUCUUUGCCAACGCCUACUGCACUAUCACAGCAAACUGGGCUCGCGGGUGGAAAGAUGGUUUCCUGGAGCCAAGUCUAUGGGAUCAAAUCAACCCAGGAAGUGCGGGAUGCAACUGCCGCCUUGACUCGGACGUUGAUAGAGGGCCCCUGAUGAAGAGAGCCUGGGUUCUGCAGGAGCGGGUACUGUCUCGACGCAUCAUUAAUUUCACUGCGAAUCCUGAACAUGGGGCACACACAUAUUGGAAAUGCGGUGAUGGAAUCCGCUGCCAGCAGUUUACGAAGUUAACAGCGCAAGUCUAA